AUGACUAUCGAGCGAAAUGAUCCACGAGUAUUGGUGGUGCUUGUUAUGAUUUAUUUAGAUCCUCAUAUUUCAAUUCGACAAAUAGAAGUACGAUCUGGCAUCUCGAGAGAAACAGUGAGAAGAAUAACAAGACUCCAUCGUUACCAUCCAUAUCAUAUUACUUUGACCCAAGAGCUAACAGAACGUGAUUUUGAAAGAAGGUUACGAUUUUGCCAAUGGGCACAGGAAAGAUUGCAAAACGAUCCACAUUUUUUCAGGUACGUCAUGUUUUCCGAUGAAGCCACUUUCCAUAAUACAGGUCAACUAAACCGACACAAUUCCCACUAUUGGUCCAUUGAAAAUCCUCAUUGGACCCGUGCAGUCGAUCACCAACAUCAAUGGAGUCUUGUAGUAUGGUGUGAUAUUGUUAAUGGCUAUCUAAUUGGGCCUUACUUUUUUGACGGUAAUGUUAACAGAGAUAGAUACCUCCAUUUUCUGACAAAUGAAUUACCAAAUCUGUUAGAAGAUGUUAAUAUACAAACCAGAAUGCGUAUGUGGCUUCAACAUGAUGGUGCACCUGCGCAUAGAAGUUUAGAUGUUCAAGAUUUUUUAAAUCAAACAUACCGUAAUAGAUGGAUAGGUAUUGGACGUGGUGAAGAUCAUGUUGAGUGGCCUCCACGAUCCCCAGAUCUCACGAGCCCAGAUUUUUAUUUAUGGGGCUUUUUGAAAAACAGCGUGUAUGCGGACGCCCCUACUACUAGAGAAAAUAUGAUGCAAAGAAUCAUUAAUACUUGCAGAGGCAUACCAAGGCAUGUGCUUCUGUCGACUGUUGGAAGCUUUGAGCGAAGAAUUCAACUAUGUAUUAGACAUCAUGGAGGGAUUUUUGAACACUUAAUUAGGUAA